AAAAACACAUAAAAAUGCAGACAAAGUUUCUUUAAAAAUUAUUAUUCGUUAGAUAGCCCACGGAUACCAUCAUAAAUGCCAUGCAUAAGUUGUGACAGUGAUGUCAUGUCCUUCAAAAUCCGAAUCCAACGGUGGUUAAAACCCACGGGUCACCGCAGAAGCUAACCCCACACGAUGUUGACCCUUCCUUACAAAGACUUGGACAGGGAACGCAGCAGGAGGGAAAUCUAUUCCAUUUCUAUUUCAUAGUCUCCAUCUUCUCUUCUUCAAAGCAGUGCACAGCAUAACAGAAGAGUUGGAAGAUAAAGGAAGCAUCUUGGAGGAAGGAAGGAAGCCAACACUUGUGCAAUGAAUCACUAUGUUCCUCAUUGGAACUUGGAAGAUGAGACAACAUCUUUCGGAGGACUUCCAGCGACAAAUCAGAAAAAAACUAUCUGGCCGGACAAUGAGCUUGUAGAGCUCUUGUGGCAAGAUGGGCGUGUAAUCAUGCACAGUCAGACUCAUCGGAAAUCCCCUCCCACCGUCGGUGAAUUUAAACAAGCUCAGAAGGCUGAGCCAGCAUCAAAAUGCAGGGGGGCUCUCGGGAAUUCGAGCAAUUUGAGUCAAGAAGAUGAAACUGCCUCAUGGUUCCAACACUCUCUCGAUGAUUCGCUAGAAAAAGAGUUCUCAGAAUUCUUUUGCGAAACGCCAAAUGUAGAUGCCAUUGGUAGCAGCAAGAUGACUAAAGAUGUCACUGAAGAGGGAGAGAGAUCCACAAACUUUGGUGCGAAUGAGGAAACGAAUGUGUUUGCUGCUUCUGAUCCCAAGCAAUCCAGGAUUUGUUUCAAGGAAAACACAAUGCCACCUCCUAAAUCCCACAUUAUUGCUUCUACCCAGCAGGCUUCUUGUUUGGCAAAUAGCAAUCUCGUAAAUUUUUCACACUUCACAAGGCCACGGCCGGUGAUGGCUGAUGUGGGAUCAUUAAAUGGGCAGCUGGGGAAGGAAUCAGGGAAGAGAAUUCGGGCAGGGGCGGUAGAGUCCACCUCGACGAUGACCAUUGCAUCAAGUAUCUGUGAGAGCAACCAGAUUCAAGCUCAGGCUGAUCCAAGCCAUACUAUAAGCAGUGAUGCUGCAGGAGUUGUUGUAAGAGGUCUGAAGGAGGACGCCCAGAUGACAUCACUAUCUGAGAGAACACGAACGAACACGUAUGAAGCUACUGUGACUUCAUCAUCAGGUGGGUCUGGUUGUAGCUUUGGAAGAACAGGACAGCAGAGUGCCAUCAAUCAGAGCCACAAAAGAAAGGGAAGAGAUGCAGAGGAAUAUGAAAGCCAGAGCGAGGAGGCUGACUAUGAGUAUGUCGAGGCAAACAAGCUAGCGCAGCGGUCUGCAUUGCCACGAAGAAGCCGUUCUGCUGAAGUCCACAAUCUCUCCGAGAGGAGAAGAAGGGACAGAAUAAAUGAAAAGAUGAAGGCACUACAAGAGCUCAUACCUCAUUGCAACAAGCUACUUUAUUCUCGGAACAUCGGACAUCGUCAUGAUGUAAUCAAGUUUGUAAUAACAGACAAAGCAUCGAUGCUAGAUGAGGCAAUUGAGUACUUGAAGUCCCUUCAACUGCAAGUUCAGAUAAUGUGGAUGGGAAGUGGCAUGGCACCAAUGAUGUUUCCUGCUGUCCAACAAUGCAUGUCACGCAUCGGUAUGGGAGUGGGUCAUGCUUCUAUGCCCUCUAUGCAUGGUCCAGUCCAAUUGCCAAGAGUCCCAUUUCUCAAUCAGUCUAUAGCCUCGGCUUCGACGGCACACCAGACACCGCUCUGCCUAUCAACGGCCUUGAAUGCAUUGAACUUUCCAAAUCAGAUGCAGAAUAUCCAUCUUCCUGGUUCGUAUGCCCCAUACCUUGGCUUCCAUCACAUGCAAGCAUCCUCUCAGGAAAUGAAUUGUUGUACCUAUGGAUCUCACAUGGUGCAGCAGAAUCCGACAACAGCAGUGCCGAGCAGCAGCAUCUUUCCUACUGCUGGAGAAGUUCCCGCUGAGAAUAAUCAAAAUAACAAAUCUGCGGGAAAUCUGGUCAGAUUGUGAUGUGGAUUGCCACCUCGUUGUCUCCUUCCCAGCUAGUGGCCUGAUGGAUACCCUAAAUAUUACGAUGUAGAUGCCAUCAUUUACUAGUAAAUGUUGAGGGGUACUAAGAUCUGAUCAUGUCGUGUUGAGCACAAAACUUAAGCUAAUGAUAUUGUGAUUGUAUCUAUCUCAUGUGAUACUUGUCAAUUUUUUUGCUUCCAUACAAAGUUAUAGUCCA